AUGGUUCGCCCGGACAAGCGCCGCCGCCGGGUCACGGCGGCCGCUACCAUCCCGGACGACCUACUGAUUUCCGAGGUACUGGUCCGCCUCCCCGCAAAGUCCCUAGGGCGCUGCAGGUGCGUGUGCCGCUCCUGGCGCUCCAGCAUCGCCGGCGCCACCUUCGUCCGCCGCCACCUCGAGCUGUCCCACGCGGCGCCUCGCUCCGUGCUCGCCAUCCCUCGCAGGAUCAAUCGUUUCGACGACCACGCCACGUCCUCGGAGAUCAGCUUCCACCGCCUCCCGCUACCACCGCCAGGACAUGCUCCGGGCAUCCUCCACUCGGAGCUCCUCCUCGAGAAGGUGUGGCCCGAGGGCAUCACGUGCCUCAUCCUCCCGGCGCACUGCGACGGCCUGGUCGCCAUCGCCACGGUCACGGACAGGGUCUUCGUGUGCAACCCGGCCACGACAGAGUUCCUCGCGCUGCCGGUCGGCAGCCACAACGCCGAGCUGGAUCACUGUGACUACCUGGUACCGAGGGUGGCCCUCGGCUUCGACCAGUGGCGCAACCGCUACGUCGUCGCCAGGUACUUCUACCGGAUAUACGGCGAGCCGUUCGUCGACGAGGUCACCGGCGAGUACCACGGCGCCCCGGACCACGACGUCGGCCACGAGGUGUUCACGCUCGGCGGCGACUCCUGGGAGCUCACGCAGGACCCGCCGCACCCCGUCGGAGUUCAUCAGCCGACAUGCACGCGGCGGGCCUUCUACUGGCACGCCGACGAGCCGCAGCCCCGGCUGAUGCGGUUCAGCCUGCAGCACAGGGCAUUCGACGUGGUGCGCCGCCCUCCGACCGGCUGGAACCCCGACGUCGACGACAUGGCGGGCCUGGACGACGGAAAGCGGCUGUGCUACGUCCACGCCGAGGCGGAGGCGUCGUUCCAGGUCUGGAUGGCGGACGACGACGAGGGGCCUGAGCUGCAAUGGUCGCUGCGGUGGCGCAUAGAUCUCCGCGACCCGGUACCCUCUCUCAACUACAGCUUAAUGCCGGUUAUCGCCGACGGGGACACGCUGGUGGCCGUCGCCGGCGGCACGAUGUGGAGGUACGACGUGCAGAACGAAGGUGAGGAGGAAGUGGUGGUGGAGCUGCACAACGUGCGGUACGGGCGGCAGGACGGGUCCGUGUAUUAUUAUAAGGGCCCACCAUCGUUCGAACACUAUAUUGUGCCUUACGUCGAGAGUUUGGUCUCGCCUAGAGCAUGUAAUGUAUAA